AUGGCUGUUCCCCCAGAAUCAAGGAGGACCGGGACUUCCCUCAAGGUUGCACUGUCCACAAACAGCGUCUUCCGCCUGACUGGGAAUCCUAACGCCGUGGAAACGCCUGGGGAACAGGCUGGCAAAGAGCAAAGGGAACCCUGCAGGGUGCUGGCCGGCGUGGGGGUGGGGGUGUCGUGCACUCUGAGCGUCAGCAGACGAGCGGUCAGCACCAGGGACAGCUCCUGUCCGCCCCCGGCAACCCCCACCGACGGCGCGCGCGGGGCCCUGGCGCGCGCUCCCCAACCGGCUCGGACGCGCGCCCUCCCCGCCAGCGCGCGCCCCGCGCCGGCCGGGUCGUCCGGAGCCGUGGCCGCAGCGCGCAGCUGGCAGGGGCUCCCGCCUGGCCACGCAGUCGGCGACCAGAGGGUCUCCUGGGGUCUCUCGGCGCCCGCCUCGCCCGCGCGGCCCCAGCAGGCGCCACAGCCGUGGCCUGGGCUUGAGCAGCCGCUACUAGCUGCGCCCUGCCCGGGACGAACAGACACCCGCCCCGUCACGUGCGCCCAAGUCCUCGGCCGGUCCGGGCAGCGCUGUUCCCAUGGUUCAAGGACAAUGGUGUCUGCUUGGCUCCUCUCCUCCAUGUCCACAGCGUCCACCAGGCUUCCCUGCCCAGCUCCAAGCCCUGCUCAUGGUGGGCCAGGCAGGGCUCUGGUGCUGGGAUGACUCUGGCUUUGCAGCUCUCUGGCCUUAAACC